UUCAGUUCAAAAUCGUUUGUGCCGGCUCGUAAGUCAGGUUAGCUGAUCACUUUCGGGAAGUCAUUCUGUACAUCUGAGAUCUAGUCGGAUAAUUAAAAUAAACAUACUCAAGUCUGAAAUUGACUGGAUUAAUGGAGUAAUAUUCAAUUUUAGCAUAAGAAAUAAUAUUUAUUCCUGCAAUGGCUUCACCCGCCCCCAAAUCGCCCGAACAAUCGGAAAAAAGUCGAAAAUAUGAUCGUCAAUUGAGGUUAUGGAAUGAUCAUGGUCAAGCCUUAUUGGAAAGUGCUCAUAUUUGCUUGAUAAAUGCAAAUGCUUUAGGCACAGAAAUCAUGAAAUCUCUUGUAUUGCCAGGCAUAGGAGCUUUUACUAUUAUUGAUGGACACAUAGUUAAAGAUGAAGAUAUAGGCUCAAACUUUUUUUUAGAUUCCGAUAGUUUAGGAAAAUCUCGUGCUCAAGUUACCACGCAACUUCUUGUUGAAAUGAAUUCUGAUGUUAGAGGAGAUUUCAUUGAUGAAGGACCCGAACAAAUUUUGAAUAACAGUCCUGACUUCUUUAACAAUUUUAGUCUAGUAAUAGCAUGUGCAAUGCCAGAGAAAUCGCUAGUGGUACUUUCAAGAAAAUUGUGGGAAUUAGAUAUUCCUUUAAUCGCAUGUAGAACAAUAGGAUUUGUUGGACAUAUAAGGGUUCAAGUUAAAGAACAUACAGUUGUAGAAACUCACCCUGACAAUGAAAAGUCUGAUUUAAGACUCGACAAGCCAUUUGAAGCAUUAAAAAAACAUUUUGAUGCUAUUGAUUUGGAAAGUAUGGACUUGAAGGACCACUCCCAUACACCUUAUGUAAUAAUCCUCUACAAGUAUUUAGAAAAAUGGAGAAGUACUCAUGGAGGAGAUAUGCCAAAGACUUAUGCUGAAAAAGAAGAAUUUAGACAAAUGCUUAGAGAUGGUAUUAGAAAAGAUGAAGAAAAUGUGCCCUUAUCUGAAGAAAAUUUUGAAGAAGCUAUCAAAGCUGUUAAUACUUGUUUAAGUCCUACAAUUGUACCUAGUGGGGUGAAAGAAAUUUUGAAUGAUAAUAAUUGCGUUAAUUUGAAUUCUAAGAGUACUUCAUUCUGGAUAAUUGCAAAAGCUAUCAGAGAUUUUGUUGAAAAUGAAGGUGAUGGCCUUUUACCCCAGAAAGGAUCAUUGCCAGAUAUGGUAGCUGAUACUGAAAAAUUUGUUUCUCUUCAACAAGUGUACCAUAAACAAGCAGGAUUAGAUGUUGAAGCAGUUUGGAGAAGAACUCUUCAGUUACUUAGACAAUUAGGUAAACCUUCAGAUUCAAUUCCUGAAAAAGAUGUCAAGUUAUAUUGUAGACAUGCUUCUGAGUUAUGUGUUCAACGAGGAACUUGUAUAGCAGAUGAAUAUGAUCCUAAAUUGUUGAAUGUUAAUGAAAUAGUGGAAAGCUUGGAAAAUCCUGAAAGUUUUAUGGUACAUUAUGUAAUGUUGAGAGGAGUUGAUAAAUUUAUAGAUGAGUACAACACUUAUCCUGGUGAAUUUGAUGAUCAUGUUGAGCCAGAUAUUGUAAAACUAAAGGCUUGCAUAUCAAAGUUAUUAGGAGAAUGGGGUUGUGGUCCAGUAGUCAAGGAUGAUUAUGUGCAUGAGUUUUGUAGAUACGGUGGUGCAGAAUUACAUUCAGUUUCAGCCACAGUUGGAGGUUUAGCUGCUCAAGAAGCAGUUAAAUUUAUAACACACCAGUAUAAGCCUGUCAACAACACCUUUAUCUUUGAUGCUGUUUCUUGUACUGGAAACACAUUUUUUCUUUAAAAUAAUUUGAUAACACAUUUGUUACUAAUUUAAAAAUAGUUUUGUAAUUCAAUUAUCACGAAAUACAAUUUAAUGUUUGUA